GGACCCCACCCUAGCACCCUAGACCCCUAGUGGCAACCCCUAUAAACCACCAUCGUUGUUGAUCUACCUUCAUCCAACUUGAAGAACACCACCAUCGUUGCUGAUCUUCAUCCAUCCAACUUGAAGAAACCAUGCGGAACAUUCUUACCCUCGCGUUGACCUUCUUGCUUGCAUCGGCAUCUGCCGUAGAAGCUGCAAAAGGCCCCAAAGUUACCAACAAGGUCGCUUUUGACAUUGAACAAAAGGGCGAGUUCUUGGGCCGCAUUACGAUUGGACUCUACGGAAAAACUGUACCAAAGACUGUAGAGAACUUCCGAGCCUUAUGUACCGGAGAGAAAGGAUUCGGAUACAAGGGAUCAAAGUUCCAUCGUGUUAUCAAGAACUUUAUGAUUCAAGGUGGCGAUUUCACUCGCGGCGAUGGUACUGGUGGUAAAUCCAUUUAUGGCGACAAGUUCCCCGAUGAGAACUUCAAGCUUCGCCACACUCGUCCUGGCGUUUUGUCGAUGGCCAAUGCUGGGAAGGAUACUAAUGGAAGUCAGUUCUUUAUCACUACGGUGCAGACCAGUUGGUUGGACCAGCGCCAUGUAGUUUUUGGCUCCGUUGUUGAUGGCAUGGAAGUUGUUACUGCCAUUGAAAAGACCCCUACCGCUCCUGGUGACAAACCAAUUGCUGAUGUGAUCAUCAGAGAUUGUGUUGAGCUUCCUGUUGAGGAAGAAUUCAACAGGGAACUCUAAUUAUAAGGGACUAGGUUAUAUUAGAUGGCGUAUUAUCCUGUAAUGCUUGGGUUGUUCGUACCGGACCUUGAUCUUAAUGGCGGGGACCACCUUGUACGCGGAAAUAGAUAUAUGGACACGGCCAAAUGAUGAAGCCAAUCUUAUGUACAACGAAUUACUAGGCUGCCCCAAGCACUUGCGGAUUUUGCUACCUCCUGCUUAUCUGUCCAUGCAAUAAUAUACACAUUGCCACUGCCACCACCGAC